AUGCCUGGUGUCGUCGACGGCAAUGGGCCUUCCUACAUCUCCGCCCAUUCUGCGGACGUCAUUCUCUCUGACAUACGGCCGAUAAAGCUUAGGGCGGAUGCACUACGUGCGAUCAACGUUUUCCUCGACGAAUUUCUCCACAAUAUUCUCAGCACUUCCCGCUCACUCGCCACCGACAAGCUGCGCGCCAGUCUUCUCAGUCUGCUCCCCACGAGUUUAGGAAAGGAAGCUUUGUUGGAGGCCGAGGUCGAACUAAGGGCAUAUUGGGAAAGGACCGAGCCAAAACCGUUGCUGGAAGAUGACGGUGGGACUUUCCAUCUCCAAUGGGCAUUUGAGUUACUACGCUUUAAGUGCGAAGCGUACUCGACGCUGAACGAGGAGGAUGAAGACCCCGCUGCGGAGAGUCGCGUGAACGAGCGGUUCGCCAAAGUCCACCCACAUCCACCCAAGGUCGCGCUCCUCGAUCCUGCAGCCUUGUAUUUAACGGCCAUUAUCGAGUCAAUGUGCGAACAUAUUCUUUCGAAUGUAGGGAGGGUUGCCGCUCGUGAUAGCAGUCGGACCUACGCAACUGUCAACGACCUAUUUAUCGCCCUUUGUGAAGACGAUUCAAUUUAUGGCCUCUUUAGGGCGAUGAAAGUUUACCAACAAAUCGAACAUAUGGCCCAACCCCCGCUACCCACCAGGAAGAAGUCCGUAAGACGUGACCGGCUUUCCAUCUCGCGUACAUCCUCCCCGAACGAUCUUACUUUAGUGAACUCUGACAGCUCACGUACUCGACACUCCCUGGACGGACAAUCAACAACCAUGCCAAUCUCUCCAGCUAACUCCACGUCGAGGCCGUCGUUCGAAAAGGUUAAAGCGAUCAGAAUGUUUGCGAAUAGCAAAACCAGUGGAGAAGGUGGUUCACAGAAUGGACAUAAGAAGUCGGAAUCUAUCAAGAGCGAGAGUUCUAGACAUCUCCCAGAUGACAUUGGUUCGAGUCCUACUGAAGAUGCCGCCAUGCUUCGGGAAUUUGAUGAUUUGAUGCGCUCUGCAUCAACGAUGAAGGUGUCCCUUACUCCUGAUCGAUUGAAAACAAUGGAGGUGUACAAACAAGAAAAAGAUCAGAGAAACACAAGCCGCCGCCAUUUCUCUUCCAACUCCGAGCCAGAGUUCCCUUCCAACUCGCAACGGCCGUCCCUGCGCCAGGUCCACUCUAUCAAAGAGGACGAAGAGCUCCACACCGGCCAGAAGAGCCGCUCAAGGCAAGCCAGUGUCGCAACUCCCCCCACUUUACCCCUCGCCGGCGCAGCUCCAGCGCGCGCACGCUCGGUGUCGACCUCAGGUACAGUCAGCAGCUCUGCGCGAAAGCCAACGCGCUCCCCCUCCGCAACCAUCGCACCAUCUGCCUACUCCAACCCUGUUGCCCCUGCUGUCGACAUGGUUCAAGGUCGAGACUAUCGCUUGCCCAAAGUCCCUGACAACAAUGGCUUUCCUCAGCGGACUCGAGUCAGGCAGCGAAACCGGGAGUCUUUGGAUUUGGAUGAUGUGAUGAACGGCUCAGAUGAUGAUCAAGAACCUCUCCCUCCCCCUCGUGGAAAUCAGAUCGUGCGCUCACCCCCCAGCACUCCAAGACGGGCAGCACCUCACGCCGUGUCGGCAAGCACUCGGGAAUUGAUGGACUUUUUAGCUGAAGGACCCCCCGAGCCCAAAUUAUCCAAAAGUGGGAAAGAGUUGGUCGACUUCCUUGCAGAGGGCCCGCCGGACUAUGGUGCUAGCAUGCAGUCGCUAGAGACGACGAAGUCGAAAGGCACGGGUCGCCUUCAAAGGAUGAUAUCGAAGUUGAAUUUGGGCAACGGGGAGAAAACCAAGGCAGUACCAGACAGUCCCCGAACCCCCCACGCAAAGCAAGCUCCUAGUGUCUACGCCCCUGUCCGUCCUGUGAUUACCUCCAAAACAUCGCAGGGCACGCUGUCGUCUCUCGCCAAUAGACCCAUUCCUCCACGUAUGCCUCGGCCCAUCUCGCCGCCUGCGUCGCCUUCUCAAGAUUCAUCUCAGUCUGACGAGAAUAAGUCUGUUGGCAGGUCCAUCAGAAAGCCUUAUCAGGACACCGUAUCUCGCGAGCCUUCUUACGGUGUUGAACAGUCUCCUAUUAUCGAUCGGCCGCGACCUGCCCUUCCUUCCGCUCCUACCCCUCCGUUAGCUCCAGCACCUCUCAUUACGCCUGCUGCUUCUUUCAGUAGAGGACCCGCACCUCAGGCGCAAUCGCCUCAGGAGAAAUCACCCCAGGAGAAACCCCCUCCUCGUCCCCUCCCUAUUCCUGUCCCAAGUAAUGGCAAUGCCAGGACGAACCCCGCUCCUGUUCCCGCACCAGUGAAAGAAGGCAUUCCAGACAGCCGCCCUGUUGUACCAGUGCGAACGACGUCCCAUCCAACGCCUGUGUCGUCGCCCGUCCGCAAGCCACCACCGCCAGUGGUCGCCCCUCCUCCGCCGAGCAUUGCGGAGCUCGACCUGCGCGCCAUGCAACGUCUCUUCUCGAACGCAACCUCCGCGGACGAAUGCCGUCUCAUCUUCGACAUGUUCAUGGCUCGCAGCGGUAUCUCAAGAGGACCCAAGGCACAAGACGUACCGUACCCGUCUCCUCCACCUUCUAUUGUAAAGCAUACGCCGUAUACAGGCCCAGAAAGUUCUUUGGAGUCUUCUCUUGUACACCUCUUCCUCGGUGGUUCGGCUUCAUCAGAGCCUGUCCCUCAGUUGCCCUCCUCCAACCAAGAACCGCCCCCGGAUGGCCUACCGACUCCCAGGCGGCCGAGCGCAAGUGCAUCUCAGAACACUCCUGCUGCGACCAGCCAUUCUAUGGUGCCCACCCCAGCGUAA